UCUCUCUCAAGCCGCAGCGAAAAGGGAAGGGGAGGGGAGGGGAGGGGAGGAGAGCGCAGGGGACCAGAUCGAUCGUGAGUCGCUUUGAUUUGAUUGUUCAGCGGCAAAGGCCAGCUCGGAAUGGGCUCCUCCAGCUCGGACAGCGGGAACAAGUCGUUGGAGACGGCGCGGCGGCUGCUGGAGGAGGCGGCGCUGCCCACAAGCACCAAUCCCACAGAGGCGGAGGGGGGGUUCUACGACGCCUUCGUCCUCAGGGGCAUCCGCGUCCAGGCCGCCCGCCCCGGCACCCUCCUCUGCCACUUCACCGUCCCCUCCAGGCUACUCAACUCGGGCGGCUUCCUGCACGGCGGCGCAACUGCCUCCCUCGUUGAUUUGGUUGCCUCCGCCGCCUUCUGCACUGCCGGCCUCCGCACCAAGGGCUCACCCCUCGAGAUGAACAUCUCCUACUUGGAUGCCGCCUUCCCCGAUGAAGAGAUUGAUAUCGAGGCAAAGGUUCUGCGUGCUGGGAAGGCGGUAGGAGUGGCUGUUGUGGAACUGAAGAAGAAAUCCGGCAAAAUCAUUGCUCAAGCUCGCCACUCCAAGUAUCUCGGUGCAUCUAGUAAACUCUGAAUCCCGGUGCGGACCGUAGCAAGCUGUAAUACUGCUCCAGGUUGAAGACAGGCUAUUUCUCUUGUCGUAUAUGCAUGUACAAUGUGUUAAUCUCUGGUCUUAAUUGAAAUUGAACAAGAGAAUGGAACGAGUUGUUGAA